ACGAUCUCUCUCCACCUGGCCUCCCUCACAACAGAAACUCUUGUUUGGCCCUUGUUUUUCUCUGCCUUUCGGACCAAACUCUUCCAACUCUUUCACUUCCAUUACAAUCAAUUCCCACAACAAUUUCACAACAUAAAUCACACACACACACACACACAAUGGCUUUGAAUCAAUCUGCACUUUCUCCUCAAUACACCCCUUCACCAUUUCAUCAUUCUACAAACCCACCUCGAUUUCAACGCCCCUCUUUAAAGCUUCCAUUUUUAUGCAUUGAUCAUCCAAAUCUUGUGGUGGGUCGGGCUCAAAUCAACAAAUCAGGCUCUGAAGAUAUUGUUUCUGACCCGAAUAUUGAUGGGUUUGGGCCCAAAAAGGCGUUUCAGUGUGAUGGUGAUGAAGGGGCUUCUUCAUCCUCUGCUAUUGAUUUUCUCACAUUGUGUCACAGCCUUAAGACCACUAAACGAAAAGGAUGGAUCAAUCAUGGGAUUGAGGGUCCUGAAUCCAUUGCUGAUCAUAUGUACCGUAUGGCAUUGAUGUCGUUAAUUGCUGGAGACAAUUCUGGUGUGAAUAGAGAGAGGUGUAUCAAGUUAGCACUUGUGCAUGAUAUUGCAGAAGCCAUUGUUGGAGAUAUUACACCAUCUGAUGGUGUGCCUAAAGUAGAAAAGAGUAGAAUGGAACAAGCGGCCUUAAAUGAAAUGUGCAAAGUUCUUGGUGGAGGGAUGAGGGCUGAUGAGAUCCAGGAGCUGUGGGCAGAAUAUGAAAAUAAUUCUUCCAUAGAGGCUAAUCUAGUGAAAGAUUUUGACAAAGUUGAAAUGAUUCUGCAAGCAUUGGAAUAUGAAACUGAGCAUGGGAUGGUGUUGGAUGAGUUUUUCGUUUCGACAGCGGGGAAAUUUCAAACUGAUAUUGGAAAGAGCUGGGCAGCUGAAAUCAUUUCAAGAAGAAAGUCAAGUCUGACAAGCUGAAAUGCUAUCUGACUUUUUUUUUUUUUUUUGGAGGUAGCAGAUGUUUGCAUCUUAAAUAUGCGAGAUAAUCUAAUGUUGUUUGUAACCAUACUUAUGGUCUUACUUCAAGAACAUGAGAAUUUUGUAACCUAAAUAUAAAGCCUACCAAGAUAGUUGAGCAAAUCAUGAGCUGUUUACAGAAACCAAUUUUGACAUGAACUCUGCCGGGUUUAUUGAACUUUUUUCCGUCUAGAA